AUGUUAGAAGACAUAGAAAUGGAUAUCGAAGAAGAAGGAGAACGGUCACCUUCACCGAUAAAAUUCUCUUCAAGUGCAAAAGGAAAAUCCAAACUAAAAUAUGAGGGAGUUCCACCAACUGGAAAAGACAAUUUGCCUUGGUUGGUUGUUAACAAUAAUUUUACAGAAUAUAAUAAAAAUAAUGUCACUUUCGGUAGAAAAAUAUCGUCCUCAGACACUUGGAGAAAUUGUUUCACACGAGGAUUUGAAAGAUUUAUUGAAAAAGAUCGAGUUCCACAUUUAUUGUUUUAUGGACCUCCCGGUACAGGAAAAACUACAUCAAUAUUAGCUUUUGCGAGAAAGUUGUAUGGACCAGGUUGGAAAAAUAUGGUUCUGGAAUUAAACGCGUCGGAUGAUCGAGGUAUCAAUGUUGUGAGGGAAGAAAUUAAAACAUAUGCAACUGACUCAAUGACGAAUGCAGCACAAAACGCGUUAAGACGAAUUGUUGAAAAAUAUACCAGGAAUGUUCGAUUUUGUAUUAUAUGUAAUUAUAUUUCUAAGAUCAUUCCAGCAGUUCAAUCCCGUUGUACAAGGUUUCGAUUUUCACCAAUAAAAGAAAAGGAAGCAAGAUCGCGCAUAGAAUAUAUAAUUCAAUGUGAAAAUGUAAAUAUCUCGCCGGAUGGAAUUUCUGCCUUACAAAGGAUUGCUAAUGGAGAUAUGAGAAAAGCUUUAAAUGUUUUACAGGCAUGUCAUGCUGCAUAUGAUUAUAUUGAUGAAACAGUGGUAUAUAAAUGUACUGGAAAUCCUGAACCUGGAGAUAUUAAAUAUAUCGUUAAUACGAUGCUUAACGAUGAAUUUACCACAGCAUAUUCUAAUGUUCAAAAGUUAAAGCGAGAAAAAGGUCUUGCGCUACAAGAUAUUGUAACAGAGGUUCAUAAAUACUUGAAUGAUUUUGAAAUACCACGUAAAGCAAUUGUAUUUUUGAUUGAUCAACUCUCUCAAAUUCAGUAUAAUCUUUCUACGGGAGGAACGGAACAUGCACAAUCAGCUUCCAUGGUGGGAACAUUUAAAACUGCCUUAGAUAUGGAAAUUGUGAUAAAACUUUUUAAUAGAAAUAGUGAUUAUAAAUCUAUUUCCACAAUUAUGAAUGGUUUACAAUUCCUACCUAAAGCACCUCACAGGCCUGGUUGGGCUUAUGAACCUGAGCUGGCUUGCUGGGCUCACCUGAAAUGA